ACAGCUCCUCCGCUGCUGCCAAACUGGGGAAGAUCCCGCGCGCCAUCACCAACCCGUUCUAUAAAUAGACGUAUCUCCCUCCCAGUCUCAGCGUUCAAAAUUUGGGAAUUCUUCAACAAUCUCUGUUCUCUCUCGUCUCACUUCAAUAAUCUUCUGUGGAUUUGGAUCUCUAAACCCUAGGAACGCCAUCAGAUAGCUCACAGCUCUUGCGAUCUCUUCAGAAUCACGAGGUAUAACUCCAACCACCGCGUCUCCACGAUCUCUCCAUGGGUUUCUUCACUAUCUCUCGAUGAUCUGACCUUUCAAUUCCCUAAGCAUCCUGCUCCGUUACUUGUUUAUUAGCUUCAGAUAUUCCGGAACUUUCCAGAUGAAACAAGAGAUGGAGGCGUCACGCAAGCGAAUCAAGACAGCAGCGGAGGGAGGCGAGAGCAGAGGAGGAAAAGAGGAGGAAGAAGUAGCAGGUGGAUUUGAUGAUGAGGAAGCGGUUAAGGAGGAGGAGGAGACAAACGAAGCAGCAGCAGCAGCGUCAGAAGAGAUGGAGUCUAGCAUCCAAUCGAUUCUUGAGAGGAUCGAGCGCUUCACUCAUCAGGUCUCCAAGCUGCUGGAAAGUGGAAAGGAAAUGUUCAGCAAUCUGAGCUCACAAUUUGAAGAGCGCCUGAUCUCAAUUCACAGGGACCAAGUGGAGAAGUGGCAAGAGGAGAUCAAGGAACUGCGCUUGCUUGAUGCAUCCAAUGAAGCAGCUCGUUCUCUCCUGCAGAAUGCUCAGUUCCACUUAUUUCAGAGUGUCACUGAAGAAAACACUUAAGAGGUAACACUACUGGCAAGAAUCAAACAUGCUUGGCUGUUUUUCUGGCUUUUUAUGCGGUUCUUUUCUUCAUUCAUAUUCCAUUUGGCUUUUCCAUUUGUGAAGGUGCAGUUACAGAUACUGCUCAAAAUCUGGCUUCGGUAGUAAAGGCUUCCAGAUAAAAGAACUAAGCGGAAUAAACCCACUUUCAUUUACUCAGUUUAGGGCUGUCUCUGUUCUAAAUCUACUAUCAAAUAAUUUUGCUCAGUUCUCACCUGUGUAGCUCAUUUGAGUUGAUACUUUUGUUCUGCUGUAUGGUUGCUCAGAGUAAUACUCGUGACUGUGCUUACAUGUACUGUAUAGUCAAUUAGAGUUUCUUUCUCUUACAAAAGAAGCAUACAUUUUUAUUUUAA